AUGGCGCAUCACGAGCAGCGCGACACCCCCGUCGGGGACUCUGUUCUGGCCAUCGUUGGCGCUUUCACCAGCGGACUCGACGUCUUCAAGCGCCUACGAGAGAGACGUCGCCGUCGGAGGUCCAGCAAGAAGUCUCACCGCGCGACGCCCGCCCAACUCGAGCCGUCGGGCGACGAGCUACAACUCAGCAACUCGCUCAGGCAAAACCCACUCGACAUCCAGCGCCACUAUGAGAGCAACUAUGCCGCCGUUGGCGAGAAAUUCGCACAGGGCGAUGCAAUUGCCCACGCAUCGCUCACCGAAGUCCUACUCAAGCUCAACAGCGGCCUCGUAGCCAUCAUCGGAGCCUUCUUAUCCCCGGGCAAGAAUGACCACCAUCCCGACUACAAGUCGCUCACAAGUCUCUCCGACACGUCGAGGGCCGAGGCCAUUGACGCUCUGGGCCAACUCUACCAACGUCUCUCUCAGUCACAGCUUGUCCUGGAUCGGGUCCGACACAAAUGCCCAAGCUGCGGCAGCCACCACCACCAUGAUUGUGGAUCAUCAGCGAAUCCGAGGCAGCGUGGUGGUUGUGCCAACGCCAAACGGAUACCCGGCGCUAAGCCUAAACCGAGACGAUCCCAGACGGAGCUUGUCAUCGUUCGGAGGCCUCGCAACAGUGCCAAGUAUCCUCCUAUGAAGAAGCCUUCUUCCGCGGCUUUAGCAUCGAGAUCGCAACGGCAAAGCAAUAAUGCCUCCUCUGGUUCAUCCGCCUCGACGCCUGUCACCACGUCGUUCCCACCCGUAGACCUUCCACCCAGGCCUCAGCUUCCUCGUUCCCAGUCAACCUCCACCAGCAGGUCCGACCCCCCGCCCAGUUACAGCAAAGCCACAGCCAUGUCUCAACCCCCCUCGCGUGAAAUGUCUCUCACCAGGAAACCCGUCAAGGCUCCAGUAGCUGCUGCUCCAACGACCGCAAAACCCCAGGUCAAGGCCCCAGCAGCUGCUGCUCCAGUAACCGCAAAAGCUCAGGUGCCUGCCAUCACCGCACCUCCCCUCCAGCGCCCAGAGACCUGGCCCCACGGACCUCGACCCUUGCGUGAAGCCAACGCCCUGCCCAUCAUCCCUCCACAGGAGCCGCCACAGCCGCAGCGUCAACAGGAGCAUCAGAACCCUCUGGCUCAUCUUCAACCCGCUCCCCUUGUCAUCCCGCAACGCCCGCCCCGCCAACAAGCCACCGCUGCCGCUGCCGCCGCCCCUCCUUUAUUCCAACCAGCCCGCCCACCCAAAUUCCCCGUCUCGACCGCCGCCCUCGCCGAACUCCCCGGCAGUAGCAUCGCACCAGCCCCGCCGCCACCACCACCACCAAACCCCAACGUCCUCCACCGCCGCCAGCCGCCCGCCCCACCGCCAAAGAAGCAGCACCUGCAAGCACCGCAGCGCCCACGCCCGCUCAACUCAGAGCAACAGCAACCCCGCACCAGCACCAGCGGCUCCGUCAACCUGCACCUCCACCCGUCCGCCCAACUCUCGGCCGGCUCCACCUCCUCUCGCAGUAGAGCCACCACCACCGCCGCCGCCGCAGCCGCCCUGACCACCACGCCGUCGACGUACAGCUUCUCGUCCGACAGCACCAAGCUGGGCGAGAUCCCCAUGCGCAAGUGGACGGUCCCGUGGGACUACGCGGCCAUGGAGCGCGCGAACGCCGAGGCGGCGGCGCUGAGGGGCAAUUUGCCGGCGAUGGAGGUGGGACAGAUUCCGGGCGAUGGGGGCAGGCGGAGAGGGGGGUUGUUGAGGUUUUUGAGGAGGGGGGAGUGA